AUGGCGCGUGGUCCGGGCCUAAUACGUCGAUUAUGGUUUACCUGGAAAAUGCAGCGGUUUCCGUGGAGGCGGAAGUGGUUGGCUGGUUUUGAUCUCGAGGGCAACACAUUCUGGGAAUUCAAAGAUCCCCUUCAUCACGCACGGAACCGCCGAAUACUCAAACCAAGGCGCUGGACACACCUUGGAGACGUCAACAUACCACCCCAAUGGACACAGUGGCUACGCAAUACCCGCCCCGACCCUCCCACGUUGGCCGAGCUUCAAGCCGAUGUUGCCAGACGCGAGCGGCUGAAAAUGCUUGCCGCUCAGGCAGAUGCCCGAUGGGCCUCGAAACCGUCAAUGUUAGAUACCCCUGAUAGACAGCAGCCUGUACAGAUGCUCGAGUCGAGAGAUCCGGGAUCCGGUAUCGCACAGUCGAGUAGAGACAAGGUAGCAAGUAGCGAAGGAGAGCCAAUUUCAAUAAUGAACAGUCAGGAGGAAAUCACCAAGCAUAGGCAGGUGGAACAGACGGGCGAGACCGCAGUGAAGAAGAGAAAAGUCAAGAAACAAGAGCAGGGCGAUUCGCCAUGGAAACAAACACCGAGAGGAAACCCUGGAGACGAUUGGCAGCCUCAAGGCUGGACACCUGGCGCAGUAAGGCCGAGGCGAUGA